CAAAAAAGGAAGAAAGAAAGAGUUGGCCGUGCGAGACAAACCAACCUGCCUGCAAAAUUCACCUCCAAACUCUCUGAUAAAGAGCGGACAAGAAGACGAAGCAAGCACAGCACCUACCCGCAGAGAAAGAGAAAGAUGGCAUCUGACAUAGGAUGCUGUAGUAGCAAGUUUAUGUUGUAUAUGGUAAUAAUAAUAGGAUUGGUGACUUUUGCUGGCCUGAUGGCUGGCUUAACUCUUGGUCUCAUGUCUUUGGGCCUUGUCGACCUUGAAGUCCUCAUCAAGUCUGGCCGUCCUCAGGAUCGCAUCCACGCCGCUAAAAUAUUUCCAGUGGUAAAGAAUCAGCAUCUUUUGCUGUGCACUCUUUUGAUCGGGAACUCUUUAGCAAUGGAGGCUCUUCCUAUAUUCUUGGACAAGCUUGUUCCUCCUUGGGCUGCAGUAUUGGCAUCAGUGACUCUCAUAUUAAUGUUUGGAGAGAUAUUGCCACAAGCAGUUUGUACUCGUUAUGGCUUGACUGUUGGAGCAACGUUGGCGCCUCUUGUCCGUGUUCUUCUUUUGCUAUUCUUUCCCAUUUCUUAUCCAAUUAGCAAGGUUCUGGAUUGGAUGCUUGGCAAGGGACACGCUGUCCUUUUACGGAGAGCAGAGCUCAAAACUUUUGUUAAUUUUCAUGGCAAUGAGGCAGGGAGAGGCGGGGACUUGACACAUGAUGAGACUACUAUAAUUACUGGUGCACUAGAAUUGACUGAAAAGACUGCAAAAGAUGCGAUGACUCCCAUAUCGAAGGCAUUUUCCCUUGAUCUGGAUGCAACUCUUAAUUUGGAAACAUUGAAUGCAAUAAUGACGAUGGGCCAUAGUAGAGUUCCAGUUUAUGCAGGAAAACCAACAAAUAUUAUUGGACUUUUUCUGGUGAAGAACCUUUUAGCAGUUGAUCCGGAAGAUGCAGUUCCUCUAAAAAAAAUGAUCAUACGGAAAAUUCCGCGGGUUUCUGAAGACUUGCCUCUAUAUGACAUCCUAAAUGAAUUUCAGAAGGGUCACAGCCACAUUGCUGUUGUAUACAAAGAUUUGAAUGCUAAUAAAGAGACACCAAAGAAUGAGUUCAAGGACAGCUGCAGGAAGAGGGGCAAAACUGAAACAUCACACGAGAAAGGUGAUAGUGAGGUCGGCUCUACUUCUGCUAUCCCAAAUAAGAAGGCUGCUUUGGACUCGGAUGAUAAUCAGACUGCUGCAACUAAGAAUGAUGGAGGCCAACAGAUUAAGAAGAGUCCACCUUCUACUCCUCCUGCCUUUAAGAAGCGACACAAAGGUUGUUCAUUUUGCAUUUUGGACGUUGAGAAGGCUCCCAUUCCUGAGUUCCCAUCCAAUGAAGAAGUUGUUGGUGUAAUUACAAUGGAGGAUGUCAUCGAAGAACUUCUUCAGGAGGAGAUCUUGGAUGAAACUGAUGAGUACGUCAAUAUACACAACAGGAUAAAGAUCAAUAUGCAUGCAUCUCAGGACAAGGCUCCCCAGUCAACUUCACUGCCAUCUGCCAAUGACGCAUCUGUCACAGGCACUGCAUCCCCAACAUCACUGUUGUCCAUGGCUCCAACACCAACCCUUUCCGUCUCGAGUGGCACUUCGUUAACCAGCUCACCAACCACCACAAAUCAAGUUUCCGAGGGAGACUCCUCAAAGAACCAAUAAUAUUUGUAGUUGUCUUUGUUGAUAUAUUGAUAUUAACAUAGAUCAAAGAUACCAGGACAAAUUUAGGGAUCAAUUACCUUGGUAGAAAUCAAUGGUCGACUUGGUGUAAGUAAUUAGGCAGAUAUACACUGCUGCUAUUUGUUCCAUGUGCUUGAUUGCAUAACAGGAUGAUUGUGCUUAAGAUCAUAAAAGUACUGUAAAAAAAAUCUUCUAUUAUGUGUAUGAAAUUCAAAAACUCUCUAGUUUUCAAGAA